AUUACCAACUCAUUAGUUUUAGCAGUUUUAGCAGAUUCAAAGCCAAAGUGGUAGUUAACCUCUCGCAUUUUGAGAGUCCCGACACAUUAGCAAAGGAAAUGCUCGGGUGAUAAAAUUUUUGAGAUGCCUUUAGAUCGAAAACUGAAGCAUUUUUUCGGACAAGAAGAAAACCGAAAUGUGGCAGGUGUAGGAAUAAGUCAGGAAAUCAUUCAAUUUUUUACACGCCCAGCGAAUAAACGACGCACGAGAUACCUGUCAGAUCAAAAGAGAACCAAUCAGAGGCAAGCAGUGUCUUCGUCACGCAUCUAAAAGCUGAACACGAAGCGUUUCUGUCAGUAACAUGUCGUUGAGGAAACGAGGACAUCGUGGCAAGAAAAGUCGUCGUUAAAAUUUCUUCCUCGAGACAUAACAUUUAGCCCCAGGCAUAUUUCGAAGAAACUCACGAUUGGCGGACUUUGAGUGACAUGGAAAUUGCGACUGCCUCGUUUCUCAUCCGUUUCACUUUUCUCAUAUUUCUGCUGGUUUUGGUACAGUUGAGGUUCACACUUUCAUGCGGUUCCAGAAAUACGUUGGACAAAAGAGGCCCAAGGAAACCUUUGAUGCUGUCACAGUACGUGCCAGACACUCCAGAGAAUAGUCAGCAGGCCAGCGGACCAUCAAAAGGAAAGAUAACGAGAAACUCUCCUGAGUUUGAAAAACUUGAGCCCUGCUACAACAAUGCCAUAAUAUUCAAAGACGAAGAAGGGACCGGAGCAGAUCGCUUAAUGUCGAAGAGAUGCAAAGAGAAAUUAACCAUGUUGGCGACUCUGGUAAAACAACAAUGGCCUUCAGUAAAACUUGUCGUCACGGAAGCAUGGGAUGAGCAACAGCAGCAUUCGGAGAAUUCACUGCAUUAUGAAGGAAGGGCAGUCGAUCUGCGCUUGUCCGACAAGGAUAAGACUAAAAUCGGUUUUCUGGGGCGACUAGCUGUUGACGCUGGUUUUGAUUGGGUUUACUACCAGAAACGUACACACAUACACGCCUCCGUCCGUGAAGAUGGCUACAAAGAUGAUGGUUGGGAAGGAUGUUUCAGCUCUGACUCAACAGUUAAAAUGAAAAACGGCGCUGAUUUGCCAGUCCGAAAUGUGCAAAUAGGUGACAUUGUACAGGUUAUGACAGAAGAAGGAAAAAUUGGUUACAGUGAAAUAGUUAUGUUUGCAGAUUAUAAACCCGACAUACCUCAUGCUUCGCACGUUUUGAUCGAGACUGAAAAUCCCGCGAAACAAAUAACACUUACACCUUCGCACCUUAUUUUCACUACGAGCAAUUCCUCGGAGAGUCAGCUAAAAUCUAAACAAGCUGGAAAAGUGUUACCUGGCGAGUUUUUACAAGUUUCAUCACAAGGCAAACUUGUCUCAUCGUUGGUGAGAAAAGUUUCUAUUGUCAAACGAACUGGCAUGGUAGCUCCCGUAACCAUGCAAGGUAAUGUUAUUGUUGAUGGUGUUCUGUGUUCUUGCUAUGCCAUGAUAACCGACCACGAGAUUGCGCACAUGGUGUUCAGUCCUCUGAGAGUUGUACACAGUUUUGCGUCGAACCUCUGGAGCAUGGACAUUUCAAUUCAAGAAGGAAUGCAUUGGUAUCCAGGACUGCUAAUGAAAAUCAAUGCCGCAUUGGGCCUCUAUGAUUUCUCGUAAAUGCGAUACAUAAAUUGAUGUUACUCGUGAAAGAGGAGAGGUAGAAUUUUCUGUCUUUCCUCAGCGUGGCUGCCCUGCUACAACUUCUCUGACUUUCGUAUGACUGUACUUUGCUUUUGUGGUGUCAUGUUUCUGCUUGAGAACGCAAAAAAAUAUGCACUAAAAGUAUUUUUCUUGAUUGCCGCUUCUAUCGGAACGAACACUGAUAAAAAGGUACGAUUGUGUGAUUGACUGAUCUGGUUGUGAAGUCAGUAUUCAUUUAAAGUUUUUUCUUUAUGAUAAAAAUAUUUUCAUUAUAUUUUUGUGAAAUAUUUAGGACAAAAACAAUGUUUUCGUAAAUCUAAUGCUUGUUUGCGUUUGGCGAAAUAACAGACUUGUUCUUGGAGAUGUUUUUAUUAUGAUAACCAGAGAGUAUUUCUGCGCUAUAAGUGUAAUUUAGCGCAAAAAAAACGUAGGGCACCUCGAGAGAUAAAUUAAAUUAAAUUAACUAUUUAUGUGUCUAUAUUGUACAAUUAUAUGUAGUUUUGUAAGACAUUGUAUAAACGGCAGGUAUCCGUGUACAUUCAGAACUUUACUUUUUGUUAAAGAAUGAACUCAAAAUAUUAAGAGAAUUAUCAACCAAAUUAUCGCGUAAUAUAACAGAAAUGUGAUUUGUUUUACGAUGAAACGAGCUAUGUAAUGCGAAGUAAAUAUCUCUUUGUACUUAACGUAAUGCACUUUUGUAUAGUUGUAACAAACCGCAGUUGGAGGACCAUAAAAGUUAACUAUAAAAACUGAUGUAAAAAGUCUAGAAGUAAGUUAACUUAUAAGGUAAACCAAGAACCACAUUUAUAGAGAGGGUCAAAUAUCUAGACGAGGUAAUGAUAGGCUGAACACAUCUCGGUCUGUCAAGAGGAUUCUGGUAAUUCUCUAACAUGUCUGAGAGUGUUUAGCUUUAUUCUUUAUAGCCUUUUUAUGGCAUUAGAGUGUUUAGCGAUAAAUGACCCGCAUACAGCAAAAUCCGCUUUUAAAGAGAUUUUAUUUGAAAGCAAGGUUUUCCAACUUGCUUAUAUGCUCAAAUUGAACGCAUCUGUGGGACAUUUCUUCCUUAUAUACGAAGGAAUCUUGCCUCAUUUUGUAGGUCAAAUUCUUUUGAGGCUCAGUUCACGAAAGUUUGUUUUAUUAGUCGCCUGGCAAAGGCCCUCUUAAGGUUGCUCUUGGUACAAACUCGGUUAAUGGUGACUCUCAAAACAGAGUUUCCGCUUUGAGCUGUGAAAAGAGUGUUAUUUAGGAAAACUUAAGUGCAAAAGCAUGAUUCUGGAGCGACAUUAAAAUAUGUUCCAACGUAAA